AUUCCUUUACAGACGAGAAUUGAAUAAAGUUGGCCUUUUCCUUAAAAAAAAAAGAUCUCGACACUUCGGUGACUUCGCUUGUGGUAGAUUCAACUUGUAUGCGCCGCAGCUCCAGUCGCCGGAGACUCCUCCGGCCGUCGCCGGAGGCACCACCUAAGACCUCUGCCCUAGCGCGUUGGUAUGCCCUGCCCCCUUCGUCAUCACAGAAAUCCCCUGUCAGUCUACGCCUUCAUCGUCGUAAUUUUCCUCCUCUGGCCAGAUGCCCGCAAAAUCCGCAUUUCUACUGGAGUGCGGCGAUCCUCUAGAGCAGCGCGUGUCCUCCUCCAUGGAGGGAACCAGCAGCGGGGAGGAGGAGGACGAGGAAUCCCCCAACAAGACGAGUCUCUCGCUGGAGACAGCGGCGGCGGACGAUUCCGCCCCGUACAUUGGGCAGCGGUUCCUGACGCACGACGAGGCGUACGAGUUCUACAGCGGGUUCGCGAAGCAGUGCGGGUUCUCGAUCCGGCGGCAUCGGACGGAGGGAAAGGACGGCGUGGGCAAGGGGAUCACCCGGCGGUACUUCGUGUGCCACCGCGCCGGGAACACGCCGGCGAAGCCCUUCAGCGACGGCGCCAAGCCACAGAGGAACAGGAAGUCCUCUCGUUGCGGGUGCCAAGCGUACCUGCGCAUCGGCAGGGACGCUGGCGCGGGGGCUCCGGAGUGGCGGGUCACCGGGUUCUCCAACCACCACAACCAUGAGCUCCUGCCGCAGGACCAAGUGAGGUUUCUCCCGGCGUACCGCGUCAUUUCAGACUCGGAUAGAGGCCGGAUCUUGAUGUUUGCGAAAUCUGGGAUCUCUGUGCAGCAGAUGAUGAGGAUAAUGGAGCUGGAGAAGUGUGUCGAGCCGGGGAGCCUCCCUUUCACCGAGAAGGAUGUGAGUAACCUCAUACUUUCUUUCAGAAGGUUCGACCAGGAGGAGAGUAUCGACUUGCUUAGAAUGUGCAGAAUUUUGAAGGAGAAUGAUCCCAAUUUCAUGUAUGACUUCACCAAAAUGAACGAUCGCCUUGAGCAUAUUGCCUGGUCGUACGCAUCGUCGAUCCAGUCUUACGAGAUAUUUGGUGAUGCUGUUAUAUUUGAUACCAAUCAUCGGUUAACUGCUCUGGAUAUGGCACUGGGGAUUUGGAUUGGAUUGAACAAUUAUGGGAUGCCUUGCUUCUUUGGUUGUGCGCUUCUGAGGGAGGAAAGUGUGCAUUCCUUUGCAUGGGCAUUACAGGUAUUUCUGAACUUCAUGAACAGAAAAGCCCCUCAGACAAUAAUGACUGAUCAAAAUGUGUAUCUCAAAGAGGCAGUUGAAAAGGAGCUACCAAACACAAAGCAUGCCCUCUCCAUAUGGCUUAUUGCAGCUCGGUUUCCAUCUUGGUUUAAUUCAGUUCUAGGCAAACGCUAUAAUGACUGGAAGAAUGAAUUCUAUAGGCUGUACAACAUGGAAAACACGAUUGACUUCGACCUUGGGUGGAGUGACAUGGUGAACUGCUAUGGAUUACAUGGCGAUAGGCACAUUGCUACUCUGUUUGCAUCACGGAAACACUGGGCACUGCCAUAUUUGAGAGGGUAUUUUUCGGCAGGCUUGACUGCUAUCCCAGAAUUUUCAAAGUCAAUAAAUGCAUUCGUUCAGCAGUUCAUGAGUGCCCAGACACGCAUAUCCCAUUUUGUUGAGCAGGUUGCAAUAGUUGUUGACGACAAAGACCAAGCUGUAGGGCAACAAAUAAUGCAAGAAAAUCUGCAAAACAUAAGCUUCAAGACGGCAGUUCCAAUGGAAGGCCACGCUGCUGCUGUUCUCACCCCGUUUGCAUUCUCUAAGCUACAUGAUGAGCUUGUUGCGGCUGCUCAUUAUGCAUCCUUCCACUUGGAAGGGAAUGCUUUUCUUGUCCGCCACUGUACCAAGACAGAAGGCGGGUGCAGUGUCACAUGGAACCAAAGUGAGGAGCUAGUUUCUUGCAGUUGCCAACUGUUCGAGUCAUCAGGGAUCCUGUGCCGGCAUGCCCUUCAUGUGCUCACAUCUCUGAACUACCUUCAGAUUCCAGACCAUUACCUUCCUGUCCGAUGGCGCAGAACCCAGUCACGACCUCCCAAGUCCUUGAGCGGCAUUCCUGAUCAUGGUGGAGCAUCCAAGCGGGUGAAAGCAUUGCAGUCCAUGGUAUCAGCUCUGGUGAGGGAAGCAGCCAAAUCAGACGAGAGGAUGGAUAUCGCCACACAGGAGGUCUCCGUCCUCCUAUCCCGGAUAAGGCAGCAACCUGUUUUAGUGAAUAUUUCAGGUGACAGUGUUCAUCGGCAGCAGUGAGCAGCCAGCAUUAUUCGGUGGGUGUAAAUAGUAGCAAGUAGAGAUCUGUAGAUGUAGAAGUAGAAGGGCAACCAUUUUGAACCGUCCCGUCCGUUCUUUAUGUAGUGUACUGGUAACAUUUAAUCAUUUUUCUUUUCUCAUAUGCAAGAAUCCUCAUUAUACCUC